AUGGCAGACGGCGAGUUGGCGAGCCCUCAGCCGGACGUCUCGCCGUCCAGCGCGAAGCCUACAAGCCAGCAGCACUUCUACGACAAGGUCCUCCUCUUUCCUCCUCUAUGUAACUCCAAGGAAUACGAGCUGUGGAAGAAGUAUCUCUUCACCGGGAUCGUUUCCCUAGCUGCAGUCGCGGCACCGCUUCAAAGCAACAUCUUAAUGCCCGCGCUGUCGGAAAUCUCCACCUACUUCCACGUCUCUCGAUCACUGGUAAAUCUGUCCGUCGCAUUCUACAUCCUGGCCAUGGGGAUCAUCCCGCUCUGGUGGUCGGUCAUCUCGGAGCUGUACGGCCGACGCCCGGUCUACUUGAUCUCCUUUGCGAUCUUCGUGGUGUGGAAUGUGGUCUCGGCGGAAAGCAAUUCGAUCAGCAUGCUGAUUGUCAUGCGGGUUCUGUGCGGAGGGGCAUCGGCCUCGGUGCAAGCGGUGGGGGCAGGAACUGUGGCCGACCUCUGGGAGGUGGAAAGGCGCGGACAAGCCAUGGGAUAUUUCUUUCUGGGGCCGAUGGUCGGACCGCUGGUCUCUCCUAUUCUCGGCGGCAUCUUGACUGAAAGGUUAGGCUGGCGUGCCACUCAAUGGGCCACCGUUGUCUACGGUGCCAUUGUCUGGCUUCUCAUUCUGUUUUGUCUCCCCGAGACCUCUCAGGCUGCUGCUCGCAAGCCACCGUCCUCGUCUCGCAGCAACCCAGAAGGCCCCAAGGCAAUUCUGCAGCAGAUCCGCCAUAUCUUCAGCAUUUUGCUCGAGCCGUUCAAGAUUCUGGCGUACUUGCAGUUCCCGCCAGUCCUCCUCACCGUCUACUACGCCAGUAGCACGUUCGCCUGCUACUAUGCCGUCAGCAUUACCCUGCAAACUCUCUUUUCCGAGGCCCCGUAUUCCUUCUCGCCCAUCAUUGUCGGCCUCGUCUACAUCCCUUGCGCCCUGGGCUCCAUCGUGGCCUCCCUGCUGGGCGGCCGGUGGACUGACCACAUUAUGCGGCGACGGGCCAAAUCUGCCGGAAGGUUGAAUCUGGAGACCGGCCAGAUCCAGUACCUCCCUGGAGAUCGGAUGGGGGAGAACGCAUGGCUGGCCUCAGUGAUGUAUCCGGCGGCGGGGCUAUGGUUCGGCUGGACGAUCGACAAGGGCGUCUUCUGGCUCGUUCCGUGCAUUGCAACGUUUUUCUUCGGUCUCGGAAGCAGCACCGUCUUCAGCAUGACGUCGACCAUGCUGACGGAAUUGCUGCCAGGGCGGACCAGCACGGGCGUGGCGUUGAACAAUGUGCUGCGCAAUGCCCUGGCGUGUGUGGUCGUGGUGGUCAUGCAGCCGUUGAUCGAUGCCAUUGGGCCCCGGUGGAUCUUCACUGGAUUGGCGGUCAUCGGCUGGGCGAGUAUUGGGAUUAUCUGGUUGUUCAGAAGGAAUGCGGUGGUAUGGGCCGCUGCUAUGGAGAGCAAGCUCGCUAGCUGA